AUGGAGCUGCAGCGGGAGCUGGCGCGCGCGCUGCGGCCGCUGGCGCUGGGCGGCGUGCCCGAGAGCGCCAUCACCGCGCUGUUCGACACGGGCGGCACGGCGGCCGUGCGCGAGGAGUGGGCGGACGGCGCGUCGCGGCGCCAGCUGCGCGCCGUGGAGCGCGUGUUCGCCAAGUGUCUGCGGCGCCCGGAGGAGGCGGCGGCGCCGCUCUGGAGCUUCUUGGUGUCCCAGGAGGCCAUCGACGCCGUGCUGGACGCGCAGCAGGACGCGGAGAAUCGCGACGCCGUGUACCGCUCGCUGCUGACGCUGCUGCAGGCCGUUGUGAACGUGCGCGACGUGUACGCGAGCUUGAGCGACGGCGAGAGGCGGCGCGCGCUGCUCAAGGCGCUGGUGGCCGCCAAGAGCUACUUGGCGUGGCUGCAGCUGCCCAGCAGCUCGGCCUACGGGCUGUUCAUGCCGUAUGUGUACAGGCAGGUGCUGGACACGCUCAAGAAGUGGCAGCAGAGCAGUGACGAGGAGAGUGAAGAGGAGGAGGAGGACGCCCACGCCACGUAUCAGAUGCUCACGACGUACGGACUGGAGCUACUGGACAUGCUCGUGACGUUCCUGGAUAAUUUCUCUCUAUCGGCAAGUAAGGAGUCCAUUGUGCCGACUAUUGAGACGGCGAUUGCGUUGCAGACGGCGCUGCCGCCGGAGAACGAGGGCACGGCGUCCGCGAUGACGGCCAAGACGCUGCAGGUGCUGGAGAAGCUGGUGAGCGGGUCGCACGGAGAGCCGCUGCAGAUUGGGCGCGUGAUUCUGCAUUGCUACAUCCCAGGUGUGACGUUCCAGGAUACGGUGGCGAAGGAGAACAGGUCUUCGCUGCGCUUCCACAAGCUCUCUAUUGAUGUUAUUGGCAGGAUUCAGAACAUCGCAGCGAAAGCCUGCGAGGAGGACGACGCUGAAGGGACUGCGCGGCAGGACAACUCGCUGAUGCUGCUGGGGUUGAUGCAGAACAUUUGUCUGCAGGCACCAGGUCUUGCGGACGAACGGCAGCGUGUGCUCUCAUACGUGUUUUCGACCUCCAUGGCUGCACGGCGAGAUAGUGAGCUUGAAGAGAGCGAGAGACCGAGUGAGUUCCGAGAUGAAGAGUGUGUCCGGUUCGCACGAUUCCUCGCGAGCUACUCCCGCAAUGCCAAGCUCAAGUAUCGGCAGUUCGCUGUGGAGCUUAUCAGCCGAUUUGUGGUGGAAACCAGGUUCUGGAAGGUGAAGGAGGAUCAACUGCCUGAAAACUUAGUUGCGUACUCGGGCGUUGGCCCGCUGCUGGAGGUGCUGAUUGACCGAGCUCGUGACAAGAUGUCCCAAGUUCGUACUAAGGCGAUUGCUGGCAUCUCAGCUAUGUUGACUCUUGGAUUAUCUAACCUGGCGACCAGCGAGGACGGAGACGACGAAGAAAUGAACGAAGCUAGGGGAUCGGAAGCGAUUACGAGCUCCCUGCAAACUCUUCUAUACGAACCAUCAACCGACGACGAGGGGAACAGUACGCUCGAGGAAACCGCGCUUAUGCAGCGCCUGAUUGAUCUGUUCCGUGAGCGACUUGUGGAUGAGAAGACAUUUGUGCGGAGAGCUGCAGUGCAGGCACUGGAGGCUCUGUUGACAGCACACUCAGGCGAGUCCGUUCAUGCUUCCUCGAGGAAAGACUUGUUUGACAUUCACGCCCGCUGCACCGACUCCUCUGUGGUUGUGCGUGUGCAAUCUAUCAAGUCGCUGUCGGCGAUCCUUCUCAAAUUCCCGAUGGAUGAGGAAGCUCAGAAGCUGUGGAAUCUUGGCGUGCUCCCGCUGUGCGUUGAUCCUGAAAACAGCGUGCAGACUUGUGCACUGGAGGCGGCAGGACGGGUUGUGUUUGAUCGGAUACUGGCAUGGUACGAUGCUCGUCGCAACAAAGCCCUGCGUGAAGCCCUCAACUCAGCGUGGAUGCAAGUCUCGCACCUUGACGGUGUCAUGGCACGGUGUUUGCAGAAAGCGCUGCGUACGCUUGUUAAGAGCGACAAAAUCGACGUGGAGAAAAUUAUUCAGGCUUGCAUAUUCGCGAUCAAGGAAAGUGUGAGUCCGUACAGCUCCGGCGAAGAAUUUCAAGACGAGACCGAAGAUGAAGCGACCAGGAGAACGUUGACGCGCUACUGGGGUUUCAGUUGGAUUGUACUGGAGGAGCUAGCGCACUCGGGCAAUUUGAUUGAAGCUGUCAAGGGCAAACAACAGAAUCUGAGUAUUGUCGUCGACUGCUGGAACAAGUUGCAAGACCAGGCACUGCCGGUUGAGUUCAACGAUGGAUCUAAGCGCAUUCUACGAGUGAUUGCCGCUAUCUCUACCGUGAUUGAUGCGCAGGAUGCCAAGUCGAUUGCGGACGGCAUUUUGGCAUCGUUGCAUUCGUUUGCCAUUCCGCUGAACGUCAUCGCUGAUGGUAUCCGCGCUCUGAACAGCAUUUGCAAGGCCAAGGCUCCGUCUCCCGAAAAGAGUCGCGACAUUAGCUUUGCAUGGGGAAAGAAAUUGCUCGAGCUCUGCGAAACCAACCUGCGUAAAUGCUUCGAGAAUAGCCCUGACAGCGUGGAGGAGGAGACUGCGCUCUUGCAGAAACAGCUUAUCUCGAUUGGGGAAGUGGCGCUGCUCGAGUUCGAUAAGGAUGCGGACAAGAGUGGAGAAGCAGCUCUCUUGCCGGUCAGCCCCAGUUUGAAGUCGCUCGUGCAGCUCUUUUUGCCGCCAAAUGAUGAAGACGAAGUGUCAACUUCCGUUCUGUCCGAUCCCGUUCCGCUUCCGACUCCUGUUCGAGUGUGCGCCUUCGUCACCCUCGGCAAGCUGUGCUUGCGGGACAGCGACCUAGCGAAGCAGUGUAUGACCAUGUUCAUUCGCGAGCUGCGGACCUGCGAGGAGCAGGACAUCCGUUCGAACAUCCUGCUGAUUCUCGGUGACCUGUGUAUUCGGUACACGUCUCUCGUGGAUGCUUACGUUCCUACCAUCGCCUUGUCGCUGCUGGACGAGAGCCGACUGCUGCGCCGCAGCACGUUGCUGCUGUUCUCGCAGCUAAUUCUUCAGGACUACAUCAAGUGGCGUGAAUCAUUGUUGCGCUUCUUCCUUCGUGCAGCGGUGGAUGAAGAUGAAGAAUUGUCCAACCUAGCGCGUCAUGUACUCUGCGGGCCGCUGCUGCAAAAAUCGCCGCACAUUUUCACGAACAAGUUCAUCGAGAUGAUCUUCGUGUUCAACGGGUACAACGGCAACAAGCUCAAGUUUUCGGAGCCCUUUGAAGAGGAAGGCACGCGCGAGCUUGCGCUCCUGGGCAAUGCGCUCUACCCUCGACGUUCGAAGCUGUACAACUUCCUGCUGGAGCACAUGUCGGACGAGCAAAAGCUGCAGAUUUCCAUGAAGCUCUGCACUGAAGUGCUCGAGGAGGUGAUGGACGGCACUCUUCCUUUGUGCGAUAAUCCGUCGCAGAUCAAUGACCAGUGCACUGAAGCAGUCCUGAAGGAUACGUUUGCUAUCCUGUGCUCGCCAGACAUCAAGCUCACAACAGCGAAGGAAGACGAAGAUGAAACUGAGGGCGACGACGCCGCAGCUGGUGGCAACGCCAACGUCGCGUCACAGAUUGCAGCGGCCAAGGGUAAACUGCUCUCGAAGAUGUCCAAGAAAAACUUCCUUGAGAACAUUGUGCCCGUGCUGAUCGGCCUCAAGCACACGUUGGAGUCGAAGCACAGCCCACUGACUCGCUACCUGCUUCAUUACAUCCGCGAGCUGUUCAAGAUGUACCGCCAGGAGGUGAAGGACAUCUUCAUGAACACGGACCCGCAAAUGGCCAUGGAAGUCGAGUACGAUCUGCGCCAGCUCGACCUGCAGCAGCAACAGCAAAAGCAGCAGCAGUCGCGCCGCAUGACGUACGCGCCGGAAGAGGCUCAAGCCGCGCCGCCGACUUCACCACCAGUUACCGCCGCUCGUGCCCCUCAUACGCCGCAGGAGGAGCUGUUGGAGGCGAGCCAUACCUCUGUGCGUCUACGCAGCGACGAGAAGCGCGCGCCUGAGGCAUCUCGCAAGGAGACGCGUCAGGAAGCGGUCGAGAGCUCGACGCUGAUCUUCUCCCCAAGUCAGGGUCAGGCCAACGAGAACUGGCACGUGACGGCCAAGUCUCCUUCCGUGGACAAGCCUCGGGGUCGUCGCAGGAAGAGCUUCACGCAGGAAGACCUGGAAGGCCGCAUGAAGAAGGACCUCGCCGCCGCGUUCGACUCGGCCGGCGACUCGGACGAGGACGUGCCACCGACCGUGAACAUUUCCCGACGCAGGGCGAAGGCCAAGAAGACGAAAGCUAAAGCCACGAAGUCCAAGACGAAGAAGAGCUCCAAGGCUGAUAGUGAGGAUGAAGACAACGACGGAGAAGGAGAGCAGCGCCAUGAGGGGGAAGAAGAGGAUGACGAGAAGGACGAUGAGGUCGCACCGCUCCCACUCAAGAAGAAGGCGAAGAAGACCAAGAACCCCAAGCAAGCUGAGUCUGCUGUAAGCACUCGCCCCAAGCGCAAACGCAAUUAA